AUGGACCAAAACGAACACCAUACAGACGCCCACCGGCGUCCGAAGAAGCUAAUAUUCGCACCAGGCGACAUUGCACCAACCUCGGACGAGCCUAUCCCAGAACCCAAACCCCAAGCAAUCCUCACUCCAACCACCGACCAAACCGCACCAGAAGCCCUCCGCUCCUCAACCUCAACGCCAACCUCCACAAUACCCGAAACCGAAGUCCUCUCCAGCGCAGCACGUGCGCACCAAUUCGGCACAAAUCCACCAUUAACCAUCUCCCAAAUCCACGGCACAAACCCACUGCACCAAUUCAACACCUGGUUCCGGGACUCACGUCUCCCAGCCUCCUCCGCCCCAGAAACAUGCACUCUAUCAACGGCCUCGAUGCCCUCAGGCCGCGUCAGCGCGCGCGUCGUAUACCUCAAAGAACUCGACGAGCGCGGGUGGGUCGUCUACAGCAACUGGGGUAGUCGGGAAGGCAAAGGCGGACAAGUAUUCGGGCUCAGCGAGAGCGGGGAUACACUAGACGCCAUGCCGGAACCGGACUCAGAGGAGCAACCUACCCUCACGGCUGAGAUGGGGUCGGGAAAUAAAUGGGGCGCGCUGACGUUCAACUGGGCGACUGUUGAGCGGCAGGUUCGUAUUGAGGGACUGCUUGAGCCGCUUAGUCGGGAGGAGAGCGAGAUGUAUUGGCGGACGCGUGAGCGCGGGAGUCGGAUUGGGGGGUGGGCGAGUUGGCAGAGUAAGGUUUUGUGGUCUGCGGAGCCGGAGAAGUUGGAGAUUAACCAGAGACGGAAGAGUGUGGCGAGGUUGCAGGGGGUGGUUGAGGAUGGGGACUCGGUUAUUCCGGUUGAUAUUGAGCAGACGGAUGUUGAGGAUGGGCGUGCGUUGCUCGAGUUGAAGGUUAAGGAGAUGGAGGAGAGGUUUGCUGGUGUUGAGGAUAUUCCCCUGCCGCCGUUUUGGGGUGGUGUGAGGCUUGUGCCUGAGUCUGUGGAGUUCUGGCAGGGGCGAAGGAGUCGUUUACAUGAUCGGUUCCGGUAUGUGCGUGUUGAGGGGGAGGAAGAGGGUGCUAAGUGGCGGAUUCAGAGGCUGUCGCCGUAG